UGACCAGUAUAUUGCGGCUUUGAAAUAUUUUUUGUUUUUGUUUGAUGGAAUAAAUUUUACUGUCAACAUUGUUUAAAUUAAUUAGUAAAAUAUAUACGCGUCUGUAUUCAAUGCCUUAGUUCAUAAUGUAGAGUAGGCAACAUUGUAAAAACAGGCCUUGUAAAUAAUUCUUUGGAGACUUCUAACAUGGGAAAAACCAAGAAACGAGAGAAAAAAUCUAAAAAACAUAAACAUAAACAUAGUAAAAGUAAGCGGAAGCAUAAAAAAGUUAAAAAAGAACCUGAAGCUACGGUGGUCAGGCAUGCAGAAGAGAAAAUUGACAAUGAUGAAAGUGGCUUUGAAAUACCGGUGGAACUUAUGAAUACAAAGUCCCAUACACCUGUCACACCAAAGGAGCAUCAAAAGCGUCAAAGUGAAAUGCGUCGUGUUGUUGACCCAACUACUGGACGAGUUCGUCUUAUCAGAGGGGAAGGAGAAGUAAUGGAAGAAAUUGUGAGCAAGGAGCGACAUGCUAAAAUUAAUAGUUUAGCAACAGAAACUGAUGGUCUAAUUUUUCAAAAACAUACCAUUGGCAAAAUAAAAAAACAGUAAUAAUUAAUUAAAGAAAAUAUCUUUUUUUCUCAUUGCUUUAAUAUUUUACGUAAUCAGCAUUUUAAAAUAUAAAAAAAAAUUAACUUUAACUUAA